AUUGAUAACAGCAAGAUAUGCGCUAUUAGAUAAACGUUAUUCGAAAGAUUUAAUUUACUUAAAAUUUAUAGUUUCAAUUCAUAUCGCAAAAUCAACUUAUUUACUAUUUUAUAUGGAAGCUUUGAGCUUCUGUAUGUCUAGUCCUUUGAAGACGAGAUACAGAGGAAACUUUGAAGGAUAAUUAUAAAUGCAUAAACAGGUAUAACGAUUACAAAUCCCGAACACAUAUAAACAACGGAUAGGAACAGAAAAGUAAAAACAUCAACACCUAUUCGUUUACAACGUCAACCCGGGCCCUUAGUCUCGAGUUUUUCGUGUUGUACUCGAAUUGACGUCAUCGAACUCACUCGUGUUACUGUGACUCACAUAAUCGGUAGUCUCGAGUUAGACCCAUCGAGCGAACUCGAAAGGCGAGCGGAAAUACGUCAUACUCACUUGGUCCCGUUUGUCGUGAAGCAUGAUGGGAUUAUUUACAAAGCAUCUGGGUUUGCGACUAUACUUAUUCGACCAAUCAAUUUGAGUGUAACAAGUUGUAAACAAAUAAACGUAAACUAGUUUACACUAAGGCGCCUUAGUUUGCACGUGUUGCAGUUACUUUUAUUAUAGCGACAAAGAAGACAAAGAAAAUGGAGACCUCCAAUACUUUAUUUAAAAAAAUCAGUGACGAACAGAAAGAGAUAUUAGUCACAUAUAUUGAAAAUAACAAAAAAUUGAACUCUGGAAAAUUUGACAAUGAAUUUACUAGGAAAAAACAAUUACAUAUGUGGAGCGAGUUGGUUGAAAAAUUAAAUGCGUGCUUUGGAGCAAAAAAAUCCAUUGUGGAAUGGAAAAAAUGCUGGCUUGACAUGAAGAGAAAUGCAAAAGAGAAGGCGUCAAGAAUAAGAAACAGCAGAGAAAAGACUGGGGGUGGUAGAGAAUCUAGUGAAAAGCUAUCUUCAUUACAAGAAAGGAUCAUAUCUUUAAUGGGUGACACAGUGGUUUUGGGGCAACAAAACACUGUGGAAUCCGAAGUUGAAGAGUUUUCAAAUCUAUUGCAGACUGAGGAAUCUAUACUGCCAGGAAUUGAAAAUCUCUCUGCAACAGGAGUAAAUUCUGUAGAUAUUUCUUCUUCUGAACAGGAUAAUGAAUAUAUAGAUUUAACAAAAGAAGCCAGUCAGUCUAAAGGAAGAAAAAGAAAAAACAAUUCCAAUGAAGAUGAUUUAAAUGAAGCAAAGAAAAGAACAGAAUCAUUUAUACAACUGGAAGAAGAAAAAAUUAAAUUAAAGAAAAAAAAACUAGAAUUAAGGGAGAAGGAACUUUCCAUAGCUGAGGAAAAUAAAGACUCUCUUAAAAAAAUUGCUACAGCACUGAAUAGCAUUGUAAAUUUAUUAUCUGAAAAUUCUUUGUAAUAU